AUGUCCACCGAGCAUUUAGGCUAUGAGCAGCUGAAUCUUAGAGGCGUUAUUGGAUUCAAUGGCUCCGUUGAAGACUGUUUGCACGUUCACCCAGACCGCCAAAAUUUUGUUUAUGCACUGGGAUGUGCAGUAGUAAUUGAAGAUAUAAACAGCCGAAAACAAAAUUUGUUGCAAGGGCACACAAGCAAUGUCGUGUGCUUAGCCGUUUCACGCGAUGGAUGUUACUUGGCCUCUGGACAAAUUACUCACAUGGGUUAUAAGGCUGAUAUAAUACUGUGGGAUUAUGCAGAAAAGCGUGAGAGAGCACGCUUCGUUUUGCAUAAUGUUAAGGUUCAGGCGUUGGCAUUUUCCCCAAAUUCAAAAUAUUUAGCUAGUAUCGGUGGACAAGAUGACGGAAGGCAUGAAAAUCUAGCAAUUUUUACCCGAAUUUUAGUGUUGUCUUAUGGUCGUUAUCCAAUAAUGCUGCCAUUUGUGUUGUUGAAUGCGGGGAUAACUAGAACACUCGUGUAUGCAAACCUUACUGAUGACAUGUUUUUCACUGGAGGGGAUUCCAUCUUGCGAAUCUGGAAUGCAGACGUACCGAAUCGCAAAAUUCGUCCCACUGAUUGCAACUUCCGUCAAUACAAACGAACAAUUUUAAAAGUCGUUCCCAACAAUCAAGACGAAUUGCUCUUCUGUGCCACGACAUCUGGCGAUAUCUUGGCUGUGCGAAUAAGUUCCGCCUUGGUUCAGCUGGUUUUUCCAGAAAGGGACAAAUUCAGUUUGGGCAUCACUUCGCUUUGCCUUGUCGACGACAGCUCCCUAAUCAUUGGCACCGGUGAGGGGAUAGUGCAAAUGUUAAGCAUUGGACACAGGGUUAAUAAAAUGAACUGUGAGUUGACGCUUGGAAGGACACCAAUGCAGCGCUCAGUAAUGGGCGCUGUAAAGGCUAUAACAUUGCGAGGUGAAGGUCACCAGUUCUUCGUGGCAACGGACAAAAGUCAAAUCUACCGCUUUGAUGGCUCGACCUUCGAGCACGAACUCAUCAAUUCCUGUCACUACUCUCCAAUCAACGACAUCAAAUUUCCCGAAAACUGCUCCGAUUUAUUUGUGACAAGCUCCUAUGAGGACAUCCGAGUCUUUCAUACGCCGAGUCAACAGGAGCUACUACGAAUCAACAUUCCCAAUCUGGUUUGCUUUACCAUUGACAUCGCAAAGGAUGGAACUUCCAUAGUCUCCGGAUGGGACGACAGCAGAAUCCGCGCUUUCUACCCGGAAACGGGUAGACUGAUGUACACGGUGAACGAUGCGCACAAGAAGGGAGUGACAGCAAUUGCAGCAACGGCUGACGGUGGUCGUCUCAUCUCAGGCGGUGGCGAGGGUCAAGUGCGCGUCUGGCAGGUCCGUGAGAUAAUAAGCAAGGUGUCUGGCAAGAACCGUCUGUACGCUCACCGUUGCCGCGGUGAUGGAGCAGAGGGAGGGGCGAAGGUGGAGCAGCCCAUGUUUGUCACCACCCUCCUCGCCACAUUAAAGGAGCACGCCAACACCGUCUCCUGCAUUAAAAUCACCAAAGAUGACAAAGCUUGUGCCUCCUCCUCUGCUGAUGGCACAUGCAUUGUCUGGAGUUUAGUAGAGUUUACACGGUUGCAGAUAAUAUUCGCGAAUACUCUCUUCCGAGUGGUGUGCUUCCACACCAGUGAAGUACAACUGUUGACUGCAGGCACGGAUCGAAAGAUCGGCUACUGGGAAAUGUACGAUGGUUCUCAGAUCCGAGAGCUAGAGGCCUCCCGCUCCGGCUCCAUAAACGGCAUGGACCUCACCAAGGAUGGCGUCAUCUUCGUCACCGGCGGUGAUGAUAAAAUUGUCAAAGUGUGGCGCUACAGCGAGGGUGACGUGACACACGUGGGUCUCGGUCACUCCUCACCCAUCACACGUCUCAUGAUCGCACCCAACCAGCGCCUCGUUGUCUCCGUCAGUGAGGACGGCGGCAUCUUCCUGUGGGAUCUACCUCCGCAUUAA